AUGUCUCUGCUGUGCAUCUACCUCAGUCUGCUGGCCUUCAUCAUCACCUUCCUUUCUGGAGUCCAGAACUCCGCCCCUCAGAGCAGCAGGGAGGAGCAGAACCUCCUCCUGGACUCUGACCAGCACAUAGAGCCGGAUGCAGGCUCCUGCACGGCGGUGACGGCGCUUCUACACCUUUUCCUUCUGGCCACGUUCUCAUGGAACAGCGUGUACGGCACCCAGCUGGUUCUGCUGGUCCGCUCCAUGCACCGCAGCCUGCCGCCGUACUGGACUCCUCUCAGCGUGGGAGUCGGAUGGGGAGUCCCAGUGGUUGUCAUGGCGAUCACACUGGCAGCCACCUACAGGAUGGACCAGCCUCUGGGAUACAGACAGGAGGAGUUCUGCUGGCUCGCCGCUCUGGAUCAGGAGAAACGCUUCAGCUUUAGGAAACCCAUGUUCUGGGCUUUCCUCCUUCCUCUGGGCCUGGUUCUGAUCUACAACACGGUGCUGUUGGUCCUCACCUCUCUGAUCACCUGCAGGGUGGACUCCAGGCUCACCAGCACCAAACGCUCCUCUCUGACCAAGAAGAUCCUGGUCAGUUUCUCUCUGUCCGUGCUGCUGGGAUUAUCCUGGACUCUGGGAUACUUUGUCCUGGUUACCGCGGGAACCGCCCAGCUGGUCUUCAGCAUCCUGUUCUGCCUGUCCACCGCCACACAGGGCCUUCAGAUCUUCAUCCUCUUCACGGCCAGAACACCCAGCUUUCAGGCCUCUGUGAUGAGAUCUGUUCGCUACAUCGCCUCAGCUGCCGUCCCUUCCAGGUCCACCAAGUACUAUCUGUGGAAGAACUGGAGACAGACCAGCACCUCAGAGACCUACAAGGACAUCACAGAAACCACGGUCUAGGACCAGGAACUCUGGUUGGAUCAGAACCAACCGGCUGAAUAUUCUGGCAGAACAAAAAGCUAGAAGACAAACAGCAGGUAAAUCCCUCAGAUCAACCACCUGAUGGUUGGGUUAA